AUGGCCGACAAGGAAAACAGGCCGGAGGCGGGCGCCAAACCAGGUUCCGGGGAUCUGCUUGAGAAGAGCGCCAGUUGGGCCUCUGUCAGCUGGCAGGCGGAGAGCAGCUGGGAGUGCACGGGGCUCGAGCCGGGGCCCAGUCCGGUGGCCUCCCUUUGUUGCAACCCCGUGGAGGUGCGUGGGGAAGGCGCGGGAGGGGAGCGCCUGCCCUCUCAGGCCCAGGACACCACCCCGAUGGCCCUGCCCGGUGCCGGGAGGAGAGCGCGGCGCUUGCUGGACAGCCAGACGCCGCCGGCGCUGGGCGGCAUCUGCCUCUCCCCGGACCCGACCCCAUGCCUGGCAUCUCAAGACGGCUGCCCCGCCCCGGGGGAUGAGGACGUGAGUGAGAGCCAGUAUGUCGCAGAAAUGGCCAGCUUCAUCGACGACGGUGGCCACACCCCGGGAGGGCUGCCGGCCGGCCCCCCACCUCGGAUCUUUGGGGCCACGCCGUCGCCGCUGGGCCAGUUCGGGCGGUACCUACAGCAAGCACGGGGCCGGCGCCGGGAAGUGGCUGACACCCCCGGUGCCCACGAGGGCACCCAGGACGAGUAUGACCUGGAGGACUCCUUCCUCGUGGACUCCGACGAAGGCAAGGGGGAGGUGCGGGUGCUGGAGCUGGAGAGCGGGUGGUGGCCUCCGCACACCGUGCCCAGGCCCUCUCCCCCGCCCAGCAGCAAGGCGCACGGUGCCAGGCACCAGUCGGGAGCCCAGGAGAAGCCCGCUGCUGCCGCAGGUACGGCAGAUGCACCGGCCCCACGAAAGACCGGGCACGCGCAUGCCUCGGCGCAGUCUGCGCGGGUGCCGCAGCGAGUCGAUGCUGGGCUCAAAUCCGUGGAAACUUCCAUGCGAGCGCCGGCGACGUCACCCAACGGAGCCGUGGUCCAGGCGAAUGCAGGCCAGGGUGCCCUCCUGAAUGGCAAGGCGCCCUCCCUCGCUCCUGGCAGCAGUGGAGGGGGAAGACAGACGCCCAGGUCCAAUGGCGGCACCGCCACUGCCAUCUCAUUGCAGGCCGCGGGUCAGCGCCAGCCUGCGCCCGGCCCCAUGGCAAGCGCCGCCUCGACCGCCGCCCAGGCGUCGAGCAACGGCGCAGGUGCGCCUGGCACACCCACCCCGCCGUCGACCACGGGCCAGGCGCAGGCCGGCGACCUGGCCGCCAAGUCGGUGCCAAAUGUCAUGGUCGCUGGGUGCGCCCUGGUGUGCCGGGGGCGGGUGCUGCUCGCCAUGCGUCAGCAUGGCAACCACCGCCUUCGAGGCUUCUUCGAGCUUCCAGGAGGGAAGCUCAAACCCAAUGAGACCCCCCAGGCUGCCGUCAUCAGGGAAAUGAAUGAGGAGCUAGGCAUAGAGAUCUCGCCCAGCGCGCUGAACCCCCUCGGCUUCGUGUCGCACCACUAUGUACGCCUCGGCCACAACUUCAUUUGCAUGCUGUUUGUGUGCCAUCGAUGGAGCGGGCAGCUGCAGGGUCUGCAGGAGCAGGAGCUGCGCUGGGUGGCUGCCUGGGAGCUGUCGGGCUACAUCCGCUUGGCGCCGCCGCCCACCCAGGAGCUCCUCUCCCUCGUGUUUGGGUAUCUGCAGGUCCAGGGGCCGGCCCGACCGGGGUCGACGCCGAGAGGCCCGGAGUGGACGCCCGGCGGGGGCGGGAGGGGGCUGCCGGCGGGUGCACAGGGCACCAGCAGCGGCGCCCUCGUCGAGGACGAGGGUGAAGAGAUCCUGGAGCCGCCAGAGGGCGCAGACUUCGGCCUCGACCUGGAUGUGGACCCCGGGGGCCGACCCCCCGCGGCUGCGGAAGUCGCGAGGAAGCUGCAGGAGCUGCGGGAGCUGCAGCUGGCGCUGAGGGGCCCAGGCCUGGAAAUCGACGCCGCCACGGCCCUGCACCAGGCCAAAAACCGCCGGUUCUGGGUCUGA